AUGUCUGAAGCCGACCUUUCAACUUCUUCCUUGUCUGAUAUCAGUGCUCCUUCAUCUGAGGGAGAGACAAUCCACGUGGCUGUAAGCGAUGACCACGCCCAGCUUCCUUCCGCCCCUAUUACGCCUGUCACCACAUCGUCCAGACGUCCCAGACGAUCCACGGUCAAUCCCGCUCCACAAUAUGCUGAAUCGGACCAAGAGGAUAGGGGGUCACAGAAUGGCAAGAGAAGGAGACUGGAUUCAGACGUAGCUACGAAUGAUUAUUACAACCUAGGACAUGGAAGUCAAGGAGAUAAGGCUGCCACUACAGUGGAUUGGGGCAGCCUUCAUACCGCCACGUCCGCAGCCAUCACGAAUGACGAGACGGCUGGAAAGUCAGUCAUUGUCACGUUCAAAUUCCGAGGUGAGAGAAGAGACAGAUUUCUGAAGAUUGUCGAAAAGUGGGGCGACGAUCAAGGCAGGACCGAAAGUGAACAACAGCCUGACGGAGACGUUAGAGAUGCUUCCCAGGCCGAAACAAAAUCCCAAGGGGAGGUUCUCAGAGCCGCUGAAAUCUUCAUCAACUACAUGAUGGAUAACGAUGGCAAAAGUUCCAGGUUGUUGGCUGGCGGAAACGACUCUUCUACCGCUUCUGCCACCACCACCAUAGGUCACGAUGGUCGUGUCAAAAGUACCAUUAUCAGACAUGAUGGAAAGACAUUCUUGGUCACAGAAAAUUGA